AUGGGGCUGGCGGAAGGGAAGGGGUGGCUGAGGUUUCAUUUCCCCGCGGAGCUGUGUGGGUUCCUCCCUGGGGAACACAGCCCGGGCCGUGUCCUGCUCCAUGGGGUGGGUGUGGGGUGGGUGCAGCACGGCUGGGGCUGCCCUGGGGACCCGGCCCCUUUCACAUUCCCUGCUGCGCUCUGCAGCCCGAGUGGGGAGGUUUCUGUGACCCAGCCCGGCUCUGGGGGAAGGAAAUCGGCUGCGGCCAAGGAAAGGAAACCGCUCGGUUUCCCCUCCGCGUCUGCGAGGGCAGCCGGAGCAGGGUGGGGAUGGGAGGGGAAGGCGGCAGCUCCUUCCUUCCAUGUGCUCUGGGCCAGGGAAGCGUGUCCUGGGCACUGUCUGCUCCAGCCGCGCCUGCCCGGGGCUCUCCCGGCUCCCUCCCGGCCGUGCAGUGCGGGACAGCAGCCACCGUGGGGAGCUUCCAUCCCGCAGGAUGGCCGGGCACGACCAGGGCAGGAGUGUCCCCUGCCCGCGGGGACACAGCCGGGAGCUGUCCCCUGCCCGCGGGGACACAGCCGGGAGAUAUCCCCUGCCCCUGGGGACAGACACAGCCAGGAGUGUCCCCUACCCGCGGGGACACAGCCGGGAGCUGUCCCCUGCCCGCGGGGACACAGCCAGGAGUGUCCCCUGCCCCUGGGGACAGACACAGCCAGGAGUGUCCCCUGCCCCUGGGGACAGACACAGCCAGGAGCUGUCCCCUGCCCCCGGGGACAGACACAGCCAGGAGCUGUCCCCUGCCCCCGGGGACAGACACAGCCAGGAGUGUCCCCUGCCCCUGGGGACAGACACAGCCAGGAGUGUCCCCUGCCCGUGGGGACACAGCCAGGAGUGUCCCCUGCCCCUGGGGACAGACACAGCCAGGAGCUGUCCCCUGCCCACGGGGACACAGCCAGGAGAUGUCCCCUGCCCGCGGGAGAUGUCCCCUGGCUCCUUGGGGUGGACAGGGGACAGCUGGAGCCUCGGGACAGGGCUGGGGGCAGCAGGGCUGGGGGGCAGGGGGGCAGUGAGCAGGGGGGCAGGGGGCAGGGGGGCAGUGAGCAGGGGGGCAGCAGGGCCGGGGGCAGCAGGGCCGGGGGGCAGUGGGCAGGGGGGCAGUGGGCAGGGGGGCAGUGA